AAUAUUGAAGCUGUAUUUGAUUUAGAAUGAAGAACACUAUGUUAUUGUGCAUGCCACAUUCCCUGGGGAUCCUAAUCUCGCUCCCUCUCUCUCCCUCUGAUCAUCAGCUAUUCUCCCUCCCCCUUUCUUUCUGCUCCUCCUCCACCUCUCCCUCGUCCUCUUGCUCUCUCUCUGUCCAUCAGUGCUGCAUUGCUAGUGCUGCCUCCUUCAGUGAUGAUGUCACUGGCUUAGUCAGGCUCAGCAUCACUGCUCUGAGCAGCCAGCAGAGCCAUUUUGGCUUCUGCAUUACAGACAACGUCAAGUCUUCUCCUUUUAAAAAGCCUCCUCCCGGAUCAAGCAGGCCUUGCUGGGCAUCCAGACACCCCUUUUCCCCCUUUCCCACAAACCUCCCUCUUCAUCAGGGGAUUGAGGACACAGAGGGUAUUCUUUGAUUUGUCCCAGAACUAGACAUCCCUUGCUGGGAGAAAACCAACAGAUCUACAGUGUAGUAAAGAGCUCAGGAGACAAAUACAGCACUGUAAAGGUGAGUGUCUGUUGGUGUAGACAGUGGGAGCCAUAAGGAGGCACCAUGGCGGGGGCCUCGGUGAAAGUGGCUGUGCGGGUUCGCCCCUUCAACUCACGGGAGAUGAGCAAAGAGAGCAAGUGCAUCAUCCAGAUGUCAGGGAACACAACCACUAUCAUCAACCCCAAAGUACCCAAAGAAACCAAGAGCUUCAAUUUUGAUUACUCUUACUGGUCACAUACAUCGCCAGAAGACAUCAACUAUGCGUCUCAGCAGCAGGUCUACAGGGACAUUGGCGAAGAGAUGCUUCUCCAUGCCUUUGAGGGCUACAACGUCUGCAUUUUUGCAUACGGCCAGACCGGUGCUGGCAAAUCAUAUACCAUGAUGGGCAAACAAGAAGAAGGACAGCAAGGAAUAAUCCCACUGUUGUGUGAAGAUCUUUUCACCAAGAUCAAUGACAGCAAUAUUGACAACAGCAUGUCUUAUUCUGUAGAGGUAAGCUACAUGGAGAUUUACUGUGAGCGUGUGCGGGACCUGUUGAACCCCAAAAACAAAGGGAACCUGCGUGUGAGAGAGCACCCACUGUUAGGUCCAUAUGUGGAAGAUCUGUCCAAACUCGCUGUCACAUCCUACAAUGACAUUCAAGACCUGAUGGACUCAGGAAAUAAGGCCAGGACGGUGGCUGCCACCAACAUGAACGAAACAAGCAGUCGCUCUCAUGCGGUCUUCAACAUCAUCUUCACACAAAAGAGGCAUGACUCCGAGACAGACAACACAUCUGAGAAGGUCAGCAAAAUCAGUCUGGUGGAUUUAGCUGGCAGUGAAAGAGCUGACUCCACUGGAGCCAAAGGCACUCGGCUCAAGGAGGGAGCAAACAUAAACAAAUCCCUUACCACACUAGGGAAAGUCAUUUCAGCAUUGGCUGAGGAUUCUGGAUCAAACAAGAACAAGAAGAAAAAGAAGGUGGAAAGUUUUAUUCCAUACAGAGAUUCUGUACUGACAUGGUUACUUCGGGAAAAUUUAGGUGGAAAUUCUCGCACUGCCAUGGUAGCGGCUCUCAGUCCUGCAGACAUCAACUAUGACGAGACUCUCAGCACGCUCAGGUAUGCAGACAGAGCCAAACAGAUCCGCUGUAACGCUGUCAUUAAUGAGGACCCCAACAACCGGCUGGUGCGUGAGCUGAAGGAUGAGGUGUCACGCUUGAAAGAGCUUCUCUAUGCCCAGGGCUUGGGUGACAUCAUUGAAACAUAUCGGGGUCCAGUUGAUGACAAUGCUGGUCUGGGUUUGAAACACUUUUCUGAUUACAAGAACAAUAACAAUACUGGCCAAGCUGUCAAUGAAAGGGGUGAUCUCUCCGCAGUGACCAAUGCCAUGACAGGGAUGAGUCCCUCUCCCUCACUUUCCGCCCUGUCCAGUCGGGCUGGAUCCAUUAACAGUCUGCAUGACCGCAUCAUGUUCAGCCCCGGGAGUGAAGAGGCCAUUGAACGGCUCAAGGAAACAGAGAAAAUCAUUGCUGAGCUCAAUGAAACAUGGGAGGAGAAGCUUCGACGUACUGAGGCUAUCAGAAUGGAAAGAGAGGCCCUACUUGCUGAGAUGGGUGUAGCCAUGAGGGAAGAUGGAGGCACUGUCGGUGUUUUUUCACCCAAAAAGACUCCUCAUCUGGUGAACUUGAAUGAAGAUCCUCUUAUGUCUGAGUGUCUCCUUUACUACAUUAAAGAUGGUAUCACCAGGGUAGGAAGAGAGGAUGCAAUGACAAGGCAGGACAUUGUCCUCAGUGGACAUUUCAUAAAAGAUGAGCACUGCAUUUUCACUAGCAGUGCAGGUCCUAUGGGAGAAGUCAUUCUGGAGCCGUGUGAAGGAGCUGAGACCUACGUCAAUGGGAAGAACGUGACAGAGCCCACUGUCCUCAGAUCAGGGAACCGCAUCAUCAUGGGGAAGAGCCAUGUGUUCCGCUUCAACCACCCAGAGCAGGCAAGACAGGAGCGGGAGAGGACUCCAUGUGCUGAAACUCCGGUUGAGCUUGUGGACUGGGCUUUUGCUCAAAGAGAGCUUCUAGAGAAACAGGGCAUCGACAUGAAACAGGAGAUGGACCAGAGACUUCAGGAACUGGAGGACCAGUACCGCAAAGAGAGGGAGGAGGCCAAUAAUCUUCUGGAGCAACAGAGACUAGAUUAUGAAAGCAAGUUGGAGGCCUUGCAAAAGCAGGUUGAUCGUUAUUAUCCUGAAGCAACAGAGGAAGAGGAUGAACCUGAGGAGGAAGUGCAAUGGACUGAGAGAGAGACUGAGUUGGCGAUGUGGGCUUUCAGAAAGUGGAGAUGUUACCAGUUUACCUCUCUCAGAGACCUUCUCUGGGGAAAUGCCAUCUUCCUUAAAGAGGCCAAUGCCAUUAGUGUGGAGCUCAAAAAGAAGGUGCAGUUUCAGUUUGUUUUGCUGACCGACACACUGUACUCUCCGCUUCCACCUGACUUACUGCCUUCUUAUGUGAAUAAUGAGCGUGAGAAAAGCCCAUUUCCCCGCACCAUAGUUGCUGUGGAGGUGCAGGACCAGAAAAAUGGAGCCACACAUUACUGGACACUGGAGAAGCUUAGGCAGCGUUUGGACCUGAUGAGAGAGAUGUAUGACCGAGCUGCAGAGGUCCCCAUUGGUGCCACAGAGGAGUGUGACAGUGUGCUGACGGGAGGAGACCCUUUCUAUGACCGCUUCCCUUGGUUCCGUCUGGUUGGGAGCAACCUCCUAUUCACCUCAUGCCUUAGUGAGCAAGCGAAAGACUCCAUCGCCUCCCCAACCCUCUCUGACCCCACCGAGACCACCGAACCUACUGAGCUCAUCCAGUCACGGCGCUGCGGGGGGCUCGGGGCAGAGCUGGAGGACAUCACAGAUGAGCUCUUGUCGGAUGAUCUGUGUUCUGAACUUGGCGAUGAAGAUGAUGACGUUUAUAAGGAUGACGAGAAGGGGCUUUGCAGAAACUCUGGAGAGAUGGAGGACCCGUUUUAUGAGCGUGCUCCUUUGUUCAGUAUAGUGGGAAGGGCUUUUGUGUAUUUGAGCAAUCUGCUGUAUCCUGUGCCCCUGGUACAUCGAGUAGCCAUUGUCAGUGAGAAGGGAGAGGUCAAGGGUUUCUUGCGUGUAGCGGUGCAGGCAAUAUCAGCUGAUGAGGAGGCACCCGAUUAUGGCUCAGGUGUGAGGCAAUCUGGAACAGCCAAGAUCUCCUUUGAGGAUCAGCAGUUUGAGAAGUUCCAAUCAGAUUCCUGCCCAGCCAGUCUUUCCCGCACUGGACUUUCCCAAGAGGAACUCCGGAUUGUGGAGGGUGAAGGACAGAAUGCAGAGAUGGUGCCAUCUGCCGAUGAGGUCAACAACAACACCUGCGCAGCUGACCCAGAAGAUGACAAUAUUUUGAAAGACGGUGUUCUAGAUGGUGCUUUGGACCAUCUGAAGAUUGGAGAGCUCUUUACAUUUAGAGUCACUGUGCUCCAAGCGUCUAGCAUCUCUGCUGAAUAUGCAGACAUCUUCUGCCAGUUUAACUUUAUUCACCGGCAUGAUGAGGCCUUUUCCACAGAGCCACUGAAAAACACUGGACGUGGUCCACCACUGGGCUUUUAUCAUGUGCAAAAUAUUGCAGUGGAGGUCACAAAGUCUUUUGUGGAGUACAUAAAGACCCAGCCUAUUGUAUUUGAAGUGUUUGGUCAUUAUCAGAAACAGCCAUUCCCUCCACUGUGCAAGGACCUAAUCAGCCCAUUACGUCCAUGCAGAAGACAGUUCCCAAGAGUCAUGCCUCUAUCUAAACCAGCUGCAGACAGCGAUGCCCCAUCAGAUCGUGAGAAGACGCUGGAGCUGAUUCGUUACCUGGUGCCUGAUGUAUUCAACGGGGCAUUGGUGGACUCCAUCUCAGGGCAUGCCCUCAGUGCAGCGGGGGUCGCAGCUUCCUUCCUUCUCGAGGGGGAGGGGCAACCCAAGCUGACAGCCCCACCCCUGUCUAUCUGUUCAGUAAUUAAAGCUCAGAAGCCGGUACCUGCUACUAAGCUGACGACCCUCACCCGACCCACAGCCGGGCCCUGCCACUGCAAAUAUGACUUAAUGGUAUUAUUUGAGAUCUGUGAGCUGGAGGCCAAUGGAGACUACAUCCCUGCUGUAGUUGACCACAGAGGUGGAAUGCCCUGUCAUGGCACCUUCCUGUUACACCAGGGAAUUCAAAGAAGAGUGACAGUGACUAUAGUGCACGAGUCAGGGGGUGACAUUUUUUGGAAAGAGGUUCGUGAGCUGGUUGUAGGCCGCAUUAGAAACACUCCAGAAGCAGAUGAGACCAUCAUUGACCCCAACAUUCUGUCCCUUAACAUCCUGUCUGCUGGAUACAUCCAGCCAUUUCCAGAUGACAGACAGUUUCUUGAUUCGGACAUGCCUAGGACAUUCUAUCGCUUUGAAGCUGCCUGGGAUUCUUCCAUGCACAACUCACUCCUGCUGAACAGAGUGACUCCAUAUGGGGAGAAAAUCUAUAUGACUUUGUCUGCUUACCUGGAGAUGGAGAACUGCACACAGCCUACAGUAAUAACCAAAGACUUCAGCAUGGUUUUUUAUUCCCGAGAUGCUAAGCUCUCAGCCACACGCUCCAUAAGGAACCUGUUCAGCAGCGGGAGCCUAAGGCCAUGUGAAGGAAACCGAAUAACUGGAGUGUAUGAGCUCAGUCUGUGUCACCUGGCAGAUGCAGGCAGCCCAGGGAUGCAGCGGAGGCGUAGGCGGGUGUUAGACACAUCUGUGGCGUAUGUGCGAGGGGAGGAGAAUUUGGCUGGAUGGAGGCCCCGCAGUGACAGCCUCAUCCUGGACCAUCAGUGGGAGCUGGAGAAGCUCAGCCUCCUGCAGGAGGUGGAGAAAACCAGGCAUUACCUCCUCCUGAGGGAGAAGCUAGAGUCCACCCUGCUGUUGGGCCAGGAGGUGCCGCUGUCCUGUGUGUGUGAAGAUCUGACCGAAUCCUCCUCCCCCUCUAAACACCUGGGACAGGGUCAUGACCAUGACGCUGACCCCGGGCAUGAAAUAACCAAUGAGAGGCAGCGCAAGCUUGCAGCCAAGUGUUUGCGUUUGCUUACUCACACUUUCAACAGAGACUAUAGUCAUGUGUGUGUGAGUGCCAGUGAGAGCAAGCUGAGUGAGAUGUCUGUAACACUGAUGAGAGAUUCUACCUCUAUCUCUGACAUCAACACACUCACACCCUCCUCCACCUGUCCCUCACUGGUGGAGGGACGCUACAGCAGCAACACUGAGCUCAGAGCCCCAGUUCCUCGAUCCCGUGCUGUGAGUCCCAACCGAGGCUCUACAUCUGAGGAAGAGGGCAAGAAGUCCCCCAAUGGAGCUCCAGAGUCCAAAUCAAGGACCCACACAUUUGUCCCUGACAUUCAGGAGAUCCGUGUCAGCCCAAUAGUUUCGAAAAAGGGCUUUCUGCACUUCCUGGAGCCGCACACUAAUGGCUGGGUGAAACGUUAUGUGGUGGUGCGCCGGCCGUAUGUCUACAUCUACAACUCAGAGAAAGACACAGUGGAGAGAGCCAUCCUUAACCUGUCCUCUGCACAAGUGGAGUACAGUGAGGACCAGCAGGCCAUGCUGAAGACUCCCUAUACAUUCGCUGUGUGCACAGAGCAUCGUGGGAUACUUCUGCAAGCCGGCAAUGACAAAGAGAUGCAUGACUGGCUGUAUGCAUUUAACCCUCUCCUUGCUGGCUCCAUCAGGUCCAAACUCUCCAGAAGAAGAGCAGCGCAGAUGAGGCUUUGAGAGGACAAGGUCAACCGAGCCCAUAAACAAAGACUAUCCCUGUAAAUAGAGUCCACUGUUCCUGUGCCCAGUCCAGUCUCUAAAGUCUGUCACAAUCCACCCUUCCUGUGUGUACCUGCACUCACCCUAUCUAGCACUAAGCACCUGUGUACUAAAGGCUCACCAUGCUGUGUGUCUACCAGGACCUGGAUGUUCAAUCCGUAACCCUCCUAAGAAUCUACUGUAAGGCCACUAUGAUUUGGAUCAGUGUAGUAAUGGAGAUUAGAAGCAUUUGCUUAGGUUCAUUUUAGAUGCUUAUAUAAUCUUACCAAAAAAGCUCCAACACUCCGCAAUGGAAGGAAAAACAAUUCUGACUCUUCCAGAUCAUGGGAAAACCAUUUGAAUCAGAUUUAUUAAGAUGAGUAACAAAAAGUAAAGUUGAUGGUCAAUAUAGAAAUGUCUCAGUCAUAUGACCUUACCGUGUUAUUCUUUUCAAUUGACUCCGGUCAGUAUUUAAGUCAGUCAAUAACAACUUUAUUAUCAGCUUCACAUUUCAGCUUCACUGACACUUAUUAAGGAGGCUGUAUCCUAAAUGAUCAUACUACAGUAAAUAGUAGGUCAAAAUAGCAUGACCUAUUUUACAUACGUAUAGAAUGGUAGUGAGCAAUUUGAACUUCUUAGCCAGAUUCUUUCAGGUUCAGCUCUAGUGCAGGUUUUCGAUAGUCUUCAUAGAAUAUUUAUAUAAUAUGACAAAAAAGGUCCCUGCAGUGAGAAACAUUAAACUUUGCUCUUGAAGCUUUCUCAUAACUGUGUGUAAAAAAGGCAAAAAAAAAAACAUAGAAGAGAUGGACGGUUAUGUUUGAGUCUAAAUUGUAUCAUAAUCCAGUUUAAUAUUUUCUUAAAAUGAACUUAUCCCUAAAGAUCUUAUCUUUGGUUGAUUUACUUUGAAAUUUAUAUUAAAAUCUAUUCAAGUUAGAUAUUUAUUUAACAUGCAUUUAUUUAUUUGGUUGUGUAUUUAUUGACAAUAUUUUGAUGAAGUUUAAUGCAGUUAUCUGCAAAUGGCACUUUCCCCCAUGUGUUUUACUAACUUAUUUCCUCUGUAUCAUGUGACUCUCCCUCUUCGACCCAGAGAAUGCUUUAGGAGGAGAGAGACAGGGAAAAGGAUUUAAUGCUGUGAUGGCUGCUACUAUCUGUAGAUCACCUGAAUGUUUUAUUUAUUAGUUGUUAAAGCGAGAAAGAGCCUUCUGAAAAUAUCCAGUUGUGAAACAGAGAAAGGCUUAUGACCCUGACCAGUUAAAGACAAAAGUCUGUAAAAUCAUAAACUGCAGGUUUUUAAUGAUAUAUAUUAUAUGAUUUUACUAACUUUACAUGUUUUUACAUUCUCAUUUGCUGCUUUCAUUCUUCAGGUCUCCCAAAUCAUGUCAGCUCAUUAAUCUAACCUCUCACCAUGCUCUAGCACUGAUAUACUGGAGGUUCUACUUCUCUUAUAGAGUACCUGCUAAAAAAAUCCAGCUUGGUCUGACCAGCUAGAAGCUGCCAAAACAGAGACAGAGAUAGUCAAGCUGGUAGGUUUGUAAAUGUCCAUUUACAAAAAAAAAAUCCUUGCUUGGGUCAGCAACUAACACGAACAAAAGGCAACAACCGUUAUGGAUAUACAUAAGACUAAUCAAAGUGAUUAUGUUUGUUGUAUGUUGGAACACUUAUGUUAGCACUUUUGAUUAGCAUCAUGGACUCGUUGAGAUACUUUUAAGAUUCAUCCAUCAAAUUCUUUUUAGUAAACACAUACUUCUCUGUCCAAUCAUAUUUAAACUUUCUGUCCUCAUGUCAUCAGUAUACCAACCAGAUCAGAAAGAUUAAAUAAAAUAAAAAAAUCUAUCAAAUUUUAUAAAAAGUUUUCCCCUUCUCAUCUAAUGUCUUUAGUCCUGUAGUUAAUCUCUAUAAUUUGGGUAAAUAUCUUGUCAUCGUAGAUACAACAGAGGAUCUACUACAGAAAUAAAUGCAAAAGAAAUAUAGACAGCUGAAAAAUGUUAAGAAAAUGAAAGAAGCUGAUCUACUUGUUUGAGCAGCUAGUAGUGUUUUGGCUGCUACUUGAUGAUUAGACCGAGCUGGAUUCUCUGGAAUUCUUUUUUCUUUUUUUUGUUCACACAGGUCAACAAAUCUGCACAUGAAAACAGACCUACUGUGUUUUGUGAUGCUCAUAUAAAUCAUCCUUUUUCAAACAUCAUGUUACCUUACAUUUCCUCCAUUUACAAAAUAUUGUAGUGGAGACUGCAAGCUUAGAGGCUGCAGUAUGCAUUUUAAUGGCGCUCAUACUGUGGGUUUAAUAACUAAAGUCUCAUCAUUGGUUACUGUGUGAUAUGACUGUUGGCUUAAUGUUUAAUGAGAAGAGCAAACAGCUUGUAUCUGUGUUGUUAGCGAAAUGCCACUAUUUGUGUGCAAGGGCAAAUCCACACUGUGCUUUUGAAUGUGCUGGUUAUCAGAAAUUUACAGGAAUGUUACACACCACUGAAUUGUGCUUUUGUGAUUGGUCAUGCUCACCUGCUUUUUUCAUGAAAGUUAACCUUUACCUUUUUUGAGUUUUUUUUUCACGCUAUGUUUAUCAGCACAAGAAAAAGUGCUUUUGUUACUAUGACAAUAACUUGGAACUGAUCCCACCUUUCCUUGUUUAUUAAGACUAAGCCAGAUGGAUUGCAAUGCGGUAUUUCCCAGAGUUCUCUAUACACAGAAUGGUGGAUAGGAGCAUGACUGAGGCCAGCAAACCUCCAGAGCAUGCUUAGUAAUGUCAAGACAUAGAUUAUCUAAAAGAUAUUAUGGUCUGGAGAAAUGUGUGUUGAUGUAUAAUGGCCAUUAAUUUUUGUUUAUUAUUUUUCUUACGUGAAAUUGACCAGUCACUGAAGCCACACAAAGUAAUGACCUAUCAGAAUGCUGUUGUUGUUAUAUGCACAGUUUAAUAUAGAUAGGUACUGUGUGUGCUGUUUGCAAUGAACAUCAUCUGAAUAAGUAUGCCUAGUUUUGCAUGGAAAGAUUGUCAAACUGCCUACAUAUCUAAACAGCUGUGCUAAAGUGUUCCAGAUUGCGGAUUAAUCUUCUGAUCCAUUUCUAAAGCUUUACAUUUGUGUCUGCACAUAUCCGAAGGAAAAUGAAAAAUCACUCACAUUGUUUAGCAGCGUUUGCAUGUACGCAGUUGUCUUUUGUCUGUUCAUCUCUUUGAGAAUGUUGUUGAAAGUGUGUUGGAUGAAAUCAUGCACCUUCUAGCCUGUGGCACUGAAUGACCAACAGGCAUGAAAUUAUAAUUCUCAGUCAUUCACCAUCACAGAGCUUACAUACAGCAGCCUCCAUGAGCAAAUAAAAAGAAAACAAAACCAACAAAUGAUAGGCUCUCUUCAUCAACAGCAUUUCUUUGUGUACUUCCAUUCAUCAUAUGCACAAAUUCCAUUCACUGACAUUUUUCUAUCUUCUUGGUUCUAUUUUGCAUUGUAUAUAAACAUGAUUGCUGUGAAUGGUGUAAUAUGCAGCUGUAACCCAUUGGUACCAUCUUAAAUGGGCAGUAGUUCUAUGUGUCUUGUGAGUGUUUGAGUUAUGAGUCCAAAUGUUUGCGUAGCCUACACCUUAACACGUUGUCUGAUAUAAAAUAAAUGUGGAACUUAU